GCAAUCGCUCUCUCUUCCCGAGUCAGAGCGCAUUGCGUUUCCGUGGAGCCCGCAGGCACCCCAGAGACCCCUCCUCGGAGCAGGCCGGACCCCAGGCGCCGAGGCCUUCAGGGCCGUCGGGCUGUCCCGGGUCUCCGCCAGCCUUGGGGUGGGGCAGCCCCUGGCUGUGCGGCCGCCGCAGCCGCCGGGCGAUCUCUAAGCGGGGAUCUCCAAGCGCUGCUCGGUUCGGCCGCGGGCCAGGAGGGGAGGGUCCGGCCUUGCCCCGCAGGCGCCCAUUGGCGGCUUACCCCGGCCUCCGCUCCAUGCCGCCGGCCGUGUGAGCCGCGGCAGGAUCCGGAGCCCGCAGGUGCAGGCAGGCGCGCCAGGGGAGGGGGCGCUGGACUUGCCAUGCUGCGAGGGCCCCGGGCCCUGGCUCCGGCCGCUGGGCCGCCCCUGAAGGGGCUGCCCGCGAUGAGCCCCACAGAGCUGUGGCCGCCCUGCCUCGGCAGCCCCCAGCUCUACCCCGUCACCACUACCUACUACACCCCGCUGUACCCGCAGAUUGUGCCUCCCACUGCGGCGCCCGGCACCUGUCUCGACGCCACCCCGCACCGACCGGAGGGCCAAGCUGUGCGAUGCGCGCCGGCUGGCCGGCUGCCGGCCAAAAGGAAGCUGGACCUGGAGGGAAUCGGGAGGCCUGCAGUCCUGGAAUUUCAGACUCCCAAGGGGAAGUGCAUUAGAGUGGAUGGCCUUCCCAGCCCCCAAACUCCUAAGUCCCCUGGGGAGAAGUCUCGGUAUGACACGUCGCUGGGGCUGCUCACCAAGAAGUUCAUUUACCUGCUGAGAGAGUCCAAGGAUGGGGUCCUGGACCUGAACUGGGCUGCUGAGGUACUGGAUGUGCAGAAGCGGCGCAUCUAUGACAUCACCAACGUGCUGGAGGGCAUCCAGCUCAUCCGCAAGAAGGCCAAGAACAACAUCCAGUGGGUAAGCAAGGGAAUGUUUGAAGAUCCCACCCGGCCUGGGAAGCAGCAGCAGCUGGGGCAGGAGCUGAAGGAGCUGAUGAGCAAGGAGCAGGCCUUGGACCAGCUCAUCGAGAGCUGCUCUCUGAACUUCCAGCACCUGACUGAGGAAAAGGCCAACAAGAGACUGGCCUAUGUGACUUACCAGGACCUCCGUGCUGUCAGCAACUUUAAGGAGCAGACGGUGAUUGCUGUCAAAGCCCCUCCACAGACGAGACUGGAAGUGCUCGGCAUGAGCGAGGAGAACCUGAAGUUACAUCUGAAGAGCACGCAAGGGCCCAUUGAAGUUUACCUGUGCCCGGAGGAGGUGCAAGAACCAGACAGCCCUGCCAAGGAACCCCUCCCCUCCACCUCCACUCUCAGCCCCAGCCCUGACUCCACCUGGCCCAGCAGCAGCACCAACCCUGGAAUUCUGGAACCCAUGGUACCCCCAGCGCCAGCGCUGACUUCCCAGCAGGUCCUGUCACCACCGCCAUCCCUUGUUCCUCUGGAGGCUACUGACAGCAUGCCGGAGCUGCCAUACCCACUUCUGCAGCAGACUGAAGACCAGUUCUUGUCCCCAGUCCUACCAGGCAGCUCCCCUCUGAUCAGCUUCUCUCCGCCCCUGGACCAGGAUGACUACCUGUGGGGCCUGGAUGGGGGUGAGGGCAUCAGUGAUCUCUUUGACUCCUAUGACCUUGGGGACCUGCUGAUUGAGUGACCUUGCCUACCCCCAGCAGCCCUCUCCCUGUCCCUGCCUCCUUACAGACAGACUGACAGGUCCUCUGUCUGCACAGGGACAUUGCACACAACCUGCUGCCCUCAGGGUAUUGGGGGGCUUCCUCUCCUUUCCUAUCCAACUGCCAGCUGAAGCUGUCUAGGGGGUUCGUGGAGGAUGCAGGUGAGGAACUUAUCAGGGUUUGGUCCUGUCUUUCCUCAUGAAAGCUGGGCCCGGGAAAGCCCAUUCAGGCUUUUGACCUCUGACCUCUCAUGCGAAGGGCCUCAGGCGAGAUGACCAGGUUCAGGGACAGGCCUUGCCACUGCCUUUUGAGGGAUAAUUAGGACCCUCAAUUUAUCGAGAAGCACUUAAUAUCUUUGUAUUUAUUUCAGCUUGAGUUUUGUUUGUGUUGUCGUCCCUGAGUUUUAGCAGGGAGAUUGUUCUAGUUUCUAGUAAGACUUCUCAGACAGGCCGAGCACUGUCUGCUGUCCAAGGGCAGCCAUGGGGCUUCAGGGACUCAGGCCAACUCCUUGAUUUCCCCACAGUGGUGGGGGCUGGGUCUCUGAGGGGUUGUCUAGUCUUCUGGAACACUUAUCGCACUUAGGCCUCCUAAUUCUAGUAAGUGGCAGGUGAGGCACCAGCCUUGGAUUCCUGGUCUCCUCUGUCCCAGAGAUGGUUCCAGGGAGCCAUCCCAGUGCAGGUGGAACUGAGGCUCCUGAGGCAGCCAGGUACGGAGACCCCUUCCCUAUGGAAUUCCUUAUUUCCCUACCGUAGAAUGUAAAAAAUGAUCCUCCAGGGAAGAGCUCCUGAGGAAACACAUGUGGAAGAGGCUACAAUGGCUGCUGCAGGCACCUUUCCUCUGUGUUUGCCUCUUGCUGGGACAAGCUGAUUUACACUGAGGACCUGGGAGGCAGAGGCAGGUAGCUGCGCCAUAGAGAAAGAUGAGAUUAAGACAACUGCUGGAACGCGCCCCCUCUGGUAACUGCCGGCAUCAGUCUCCCCUGGAGAAUAUAUAUAUAUAUUUUUUGCCUCCUUUAUAGAAAGGGGUGAUUCUUUAAGGACUUCCCCUUCCCUCCCAGUUCUCAUACAGACCCCCAGGGACAGAGGUGACAACGGCUUGCUGGCAUGUUGCCUCCUUUUGUCACAGGAAUGCUGAAGGGGUGACAGAGGGGACUUUAUUGCAGACCAGACUUUGGCAGCUAAUGGGGAGAUGAGCUCAUGGUACCUCUUUAGGCUUGGGGUCCUGAGAAGUUCUUCUGGCCUCAUCCCACCCCCCAGAGACUUGACUAUCCCAUAUUGUCCUUGUAGCCCAGUUGGGUGUGGGGGGUCAGCUUUCCCCCAUCUAACCUGGGAUGAGGGAGCUCUGGGCUGAACCAAGGUUGUGCCUUCUGGAGAGGGGCAGCCAUGGGUGGCGGUCUGAGAAGCCCACCACCUGCCCUCAGGGAGCUGGGUUCAGGGGCUCAGUUAGACAGCACUUUUUUUUUUUUUUUUAAGUUUGUAGCAUUAAGUUGGUUUAAAAUAUGAAUUUGGCCUUGUGCGAUUGCUCUUGAGCUGACCUAUUGGCAUCUGAAGUUUGGGAGGUGGGCUUCUUUAAGGGUGGGGUUCUGAUGUCAGUUAAGUCCAGCUGGGGUCAGUUGUGCCUUGUCAUUUGCUCAACUUCCUGGGCCUCCGAGUUAGUGCCCUCUCAGGAAUGGUCAGCAGGUCACAGGUGCCCAGCUCUGUAAACAGGGCUAAUUUCGUAUGAUUUACAGAAAUGCCUUUGGUCUCCCCUCCUCAGCAGUUCCACGGGGCUCUCACCAAAAGCCUGUUUUGAAGCGCAAUGGGCCCAGGACCAAGGGAUCAACUUGGCCCUUGGGUGGGGGAAGGAGGUGCUGCGUGGAACCUGGUUUGGGGCAUGUAAGGCUAGAAAUGGCUUUGCUGUUCUGAGGUCUCUGUGGGGCUGCCAUUUAGCCAUUCACUAUCUCUGAGGACAGAGAUAUUGAACUUCCAGGCCUUGGGCUCUGUCUAGAGCUUUCUCCUAAAAUUAAAUCAGAGAAAAGAGAAGAGGCCUGCAGGACCCAUUGGGAAUGAGUUUAAUGGUGAAAUCUGGCCAGAAUUCAAACUCAUUCUCCAAAUGCCCAGCCUUAAGGUUGGACGGAGGGGCUACCCUUGGGCCCAUAGCCUGUAUUCUGCGCACGUGUGCCUGCCCACUUCUGUUCACUCCACACUCUGCCUGGCCCAGGCAAAGCCUCAGGCUCGGGGUGGAAAACAAGUUUGAGCCUCUUUCUUACCAGUGACACUUGAAACCUCCCAAGUUCCAUCAAGUGCUUUGAGAUUGCAUUUUGAGGGGUAUUUCCUUUAGAGGCCACGUAAACUUUAAAUGUAGGGCAGAAGAAAAACCAGUGUACAUUAUUUCUGCUAGGAAAUUCCCCAGCCCCACCAGCAGCCCCAAAUUACCUGUGUCCCCAGGGGUAGCAAGGGCUCAGGGGCUCCAGGGAAUCCAGUGGCAUUAAAUUGUUGAAUAGUGUUGGAGAUUCUAAGAGAUUGCUUAAAACCAGGGGCAUACUGGUCUGUCCCUUCUGUUGAAAGUGUCAGCUAGACCAGAGUGGUGUCUCUUCUCCCCUGCAAUGCUAGUCUGACUAGCAUGGCUGCAGAGAAGAAGGGGGUAAUUGUGAAGCUUGUAAAACUGGCUCUAGGAUGGUUUGGGCUUUAUUUUCAGUCCCUACGUGUUUUCAGAAUCAGUGCUGCACAAUGUUUAGUGUUUUUAGUGAAAGAGUUUGGAUGUCCGCCAUCCGAGCAGUGUGUGGCUUAAUGCAUUUGGAGUGAAAGCCUUUUGGGGUUGUUCAUAAGCAGGCUUCUGGUUUUUGUCAUUGUGUCCCGAGGUCCCCACCUCAUCCCGGGACUCCGUUCUCCCAUGAGAACCCUCAGUGACCAGAAACCCUGCCAGCCUGCUGGCUCCUGGGUGGAUGAAGAAGCCCUGUGUAGCCCAUGUGUCUUGAAGGUGAGAGAGCCUGAGGGAAUUUGGUCCUGGUGCUGGGACUCCGUACAGGUCACUUACCUCGGCCUGGUUUCGCCCUCGGUCCUACCUUGAUGAACGCCAUGUAAACCCCCUUGUACUAUGACAACUGGGCAUUAAACAACUUGUCUGUUGUG